ACUUCACAAGAAAUGAAACGUUUACACGACACAGAGGCUUCAACGACAGACACUGAAUUACUAGCGAGUCAUGUUGCGGAUAAAGAGAAGCGCGCGAAGAAAGAUGACUCUGGCACGUCGGAUGAAGAUGCUGAUAGUGAAGAUGACAAGGCCAUCAAUAGCGAUAGUGAUAUUGAAGCAUUGAGCAGCAGCUACCUCACACCGCGUCUUGGCAAAUGCGAAGUUUGCGCCGCUGACAAUGCACGCUAUUGUUGUCCUAAAUGCGAAGUGAAGACAUGUUGCCUGCGUUGCGUGCAAAUACACAAAAAGGAGCUCGACUGCGAUGGAAUACGUGAUCGUACCAAAUUCAUUCCUCUGCGAAAAAUGACUAAAAUGGAUUUCAUGAACGAUUAUUACUUUUUGGAGGAGUGUACGCGCUAUGUGGAUGCUCGCAAAAAGGAUACAAUUAAACGCUUUACACGUUACAAUAAAACGUUGCCAAUACAUUUGUUUCGCUUGCGUGGCGCCGCCGCUGAACGACGCACUGUGCUCCGCUUCUUGUUGCCGAAUUUCUCGCGCCACAAAACUAAUACGACAUUCUACGAUUGGAAUUCCCGUAAAAUUUACUGGCGCAUAGAAUGGAUUUUCGUCAAUGCAGGAGCGCUACAGUAUGUGGAUGAACGUUGCGCUGAGGAUUUGACAUUGGCACAAUUGUUGGAUAAAUAUAUGAACAUAGAAAAUGCAGAAGCCGUGCCGCAAAAGAAAGCAUUGUCAUACUAUCAAAGUGCUGGAAUCUAUAGGUUGAAGCUUUUGCUAAAAGCUGAAGGCAUUAAAUGCUCACGCACACGUUAUUAUGCUUUGGAUGUGCGUAAGACAUUGAGGGAGAAUUUGGCAGGUAAAACUCUUGUAGAAUUCCCCUGCAUCUACGUAAGCUAUGAGCAAAGUCCAGCUGGUUGUGAUAUAAUUGAUAGUGAUGAAGACGUUGAAGCCGAAACCAAGUGCCAUGAAGCUGCGAUAGAAGCGUUACACAAACGACGUUUGAGUGAGAAUUCCGCAAACGGCCAAAAUACUGACGUGGCCUCUGAUGAGGUGCAAGCGGCGGAUGCCAAAAAAUUAGCUAAUGUUUUAGCGGAAAAGCGGCGUGAAGCACGUGCGCGAAAGCGCGAGGAGUUCGAGAAAGCACCUAGUAAUUUUCUAUUUACCGACGAACAGUUGUGGGAAAUGCUAUCGUCAUCUUCUUCCGGCGACGAAACGGAGGAGGAAACGUGUAAAAGUUAGUAACAAAUAUAAAUAUGUGAGUGGAAUUUAUAUGCGUGCAGAUGUAAUUUUUUUUAUAUGUUCUUAAAAUGUUUUUUUAAAGCAUAAAAUAAGAAAUAGAGUUUUUUUUAAAUACAUACUUUUUA